AUGGUGGUUGUCUCCUCUCUCCACUCUCCUUCUUCUUCCUCCUCCAUCUACUGCAACUCAAUCUCUCCCUCUCUUCGUUAUUUUCGACGUUUCUAUACAUUUCCAUCCACAAGGAAUAAUAAUAAAGCAGCUUCCAACUCCAAUGGCGGUGCCGUCUUGCUCGUCAAGGCUUAUAUGGAUGAGACCACAAAUCCAAUUUCCAGUUUCGCUAAUAAGGUCAUCGGUUCACUCCCUGUUUUUGGUCUCAUAGCCAGAAUUGUGAAUGAGGAAGGUGGUGUUGGUGGUGAUUUUAUUGAUUUUGCUGAGUUCAGGAGGCGAGUCGGUAACAAGUGCUCCAUUAAUGAUUCAAGAGCUUUUUAUGAAUUUCGAGAUCGACGUGGCAAGCUAGCAUAA